CUUUUUUAUUUUCGUCCUAAUGCUGCAGAAGCCUCUAUGAAGAAAAAUGAUGAUGAAGUUGCUGGAAAUAAGAGCCUGAGGGCUGUUGUUGCUGUGAUGGUUGUAGAUUUCCUCAUCCUCCUUGUCCCAUUUUCUUUAUUUCUUACUGUUUUGUCUGAAUGGAUAUGUGUGAUUACAACUUUGCUGAUCUUGUUGCUGCUUAUCUCUUUUUCAGCUAGAAGAUUUAGAUCUUCUUUUCAGGAAAGUGGUGUCUUUUCUUUUAGGACAAAUAUCUCAUCUUACGUUGGUUGCUAUGGUGUAAUCGCUGCAGAUGCUUGCCACGUGCUUGUGUAUUUUGGCUGUUGACUACAAACUACCUCCCAGAAAAUAUGCUAAAACAGAGACCUACGGCACUGGUUCGAUAGAUCUUGGGGUGGGCUCAUCUGUUUUAGUCAAUUCCCUGGUUUCACAACAGGCACGAGGCAAUUCAAUAGUGUAAGUGGUUGUUUGUGCUUUCAUUCUCUAAAUGCUUAAUUUUCUUUUAGAGGAAGACUGGCCAUUGUUUUUGGACUAUCUACUUACAGUGCAGUUGAAAUACUAUAUAUGUUCUUUGCAUUUGCAUGGCAAGGGUUUCAAAAUUGACAGGUAAUAUUUGCUCACUUUAGCGACUUCUUUUGAAUGGCUAUAUAAUAGUGACAUAGCGUUGCAUGCUUAGGAUGAAAUAGAAUUGAAUCAUGCAUAUGCAUGAAUU